CUCCCGUUCAAGGUCUGGUGGAAAGUUCACAGACAAGGGCAUGUUCAGUGGAGCGCCUGCGCAAACACUGAAGAGACAAUGCCUUGUUCGAAACCAAAGAAACGUCUCAUUUAUAGAGUAACUUUGAGCUUAUUCUGGUUAACGAGAUAUUUCCUCUCUGUUCUAAAUCUGGCCAUUAUCACUUUUAAUGGCGUUGUGUUACUUCACGAUAGCAUUCAUCCCUCGUCGGCUGUUAAACAUCCAGAGGUGCGUCUGAAGGACCUCGGUUUCAUACCAUGGCAAAAUAGACCCCUGAUGCCCGAUACGAGUUGACGCAGGAACAAGAGAUUAACUUACCGAAAGCCCGCACAGAAUCGUGGCAAAAAGAAC